AUGACCAACGCUACUUCGCCGAUCCUGUCUUGCCACCCGGGCAGCCUCAAUGCGUUCGCGCUCAAGCUCAAAACGGGCGACUCGGUGCAGUCGAUCCGAGCCAGGGCCGCACGCAAGUUGGCCCUCCACGGCGAUGGGUCCGACAUUGGCUUGCAGUACCUGUGGUGUGAUGUGUACUACACUCUCGAAGAUGGUCAGUCGGGAGUGGUCGUGGUUUGGAUCGGAUGGCUCGGCGAUCGUCUCGGCCUUGUCGUGAACGCCGCGUACAAUGAGGAUGUGAGGAACUGACCCAUGCCCCAUCACCUUCCUACAGAGGAUGACUGGGAAGUCUUCACCGACCGUCACGCCAACUCGGCGGAGGUGACCGUGCUCUUGACCGGACCCUCGAUCCCAACCACGACGCCUUCGAUCGCGUCCAUGUCGUCGCUCCCCCCAUCGAGCUCGGGCUCGCAACCCAACGAUGGUUCUUCCAUCUACUCGGGCCACUCCUACGGCCGCGGUGUCGUCCGUGACGUCCGUGAGGGAACGAGCAUGCAUCUCCUCAGCUCGAGUGCGAGUUCCAAAGCCCCGAGCGUGGCCCGAUCGGCGGCGCAUAAUCGCCAGGAUGACGGCGACCAGGACACGAUCGGCGGCAAGAGCAAGCGCACGGCCAAGAGCAUCGCUCCGAGUGUGCCCGAGCACAAGAUCAAAUUUGAAGAGUUCCACAAUCAGGUUAGUCGUCGGGCCGGGGUCUAGGCGCUUUGGAAGGCUGCAUCGAGCCCUGAGCCUCGAGACGCCAGCGAGAAGAGACUGCUGAAUACCUUUCUUGACUGCAAACAGCUAGGCGUCCGCACCUUUAUUGGAUCCAUUGGUCCCGUCGAGAACGUCCGCAUGAUGGUCAGCUGCUUCGUCCUCUCAAGCUCGAGUCUGUGCAGCUUCAUGAGACUGACUCGCCCCAUCCUCCGGAUUGUAAAAGAUGAAAGCCGGCCACCGAGCAUGCUACAUGUCGCGUGCGUUUGCACAACAGCACGCCUUUAUCCCGAAAGACGCUGCACCAGGCUUCUACGGCUUUUCAGGGAUCACGAAUCUCGGCAGCUGGCCCAUCAAGGUGUGUAAGAGCAGGGGUUGUCGCUGGCCAUGCGCGAAUCAGAAGCUGACAUUCCCGAGCUGGUACCACGUUCCCAAAAUCCAGGUCGGCAAGAAGACGGUGGAGCAACAAGUAAUGCUGGUUGAAAACUCGUACUUCCCUGUCAUUCUCGGCAGGUGAGUUAUCAACGAAGAAUCUCGUGUGGCUGCAACUCUUGAGGAUACUGACGAGUUCGGCUUCUUCCCUGUGUGCAGGUCGUUCAUGGAACGACGAGGCGUGCGCACCGAUCCGUUAGAUCAAACCUCGGUCGUCUUCAUGGACACAGGAGAGGUGAUCCCGACCGAUCUGGUGAUCGUCAAAGACGCCGCCGGUCACGUCAUCCCGGUCUCAUAG